AUGCAUAGCCUCCCGGCUUUGAGGUGAUAUUCUCCCACUGCCCUCCGUCUUUGUCUCGCUCUCGUCACUGACUUCCAGCUGCUUUGGGUAAAUACAAAGUCUUUGACUCGCAAGUGGAAGCACUGCUCCAUCAUAACUGCAAGGGCUACCAUAGAACGUCGACCACUGCAUCUUGAAAGCCAAAGCAACCAUGACGCAACCAGGAGUAGGGCAAAUAUAUAAGAUGGACGAUUUCUUCCGGAAAUACGAGCUCGGCUCGACUUUGGGAACAGGCGCGUUCAGCGAAGUCCGUCUAGGUGUCGAAAGAAACGGCGGCCGGAAAUUUGCCGUAAAGAUCGUCGACAAGUCCAAAUGUAAAGGCAAGGAAGGCAUGAUCGACACCGAAGUCCGGAUUCUGCAGAAAGUCCGCCACCAGAACAUUAUCCAGAUGUUCGAGAUGUACGAGAACGAGAACAAGCUGUGCCUGGUUAUGGAACUCGUCACUGGCGGCGAGCUCUUUGAUGAUAUUGUCAAACGUGGUCGAUACACCGAGGUUGAUUGUGCUAGGAUAAUUCAUAAGAUUUUGCUUGCAUUGAACUAUCUGCAUGAUUUGGGCAUCGUUCACCGUGAUUUGAAGCCCGAGAACCUUUUGCUCUCAGACAAAUCAAAGCGUCCCAAGAUCAUGAUCAGUGACUUUGGACUGUCGAAGAUUUUCAACGACGAGGAAGUGAUGAAGACGGCUUGUGGAACUCCGGGAUACGUUGCUCCGGAAGUACUAAGGCGCCAGGGUUAUGGGCGCGAGGUGGACCUCUGGUCGUUGGGGGUCAUCACAUACAUUCUGCUUUGUGGAUACCCUCCUUUCUAUGACCAGAACAACGUCGAGCUCUUCAAGCUGAUCAUGGCGGGCAACUUCAAGUUCGACAAGCCCUGGUGGGAUCCCAUCUCCGACACUGCCAAGCACUUUAUCAGCCGACUGUUGGUCGUGAACCCGAAAGACCGUCAGACCGCCGCGGAGGCCUUAGAGCACCCGUUCAUCGUGUCCAACUGCGGACCACCUCCCGAGAGGAAGCCGCAACAGGUGGAGGUGCCGGUGGCUCCGGAGGAGCCAACGCAGGGAGAUAACCUCGCCCCCAACAUUUCUUCGAACUUGAAGAAGGGAUACAGCUCUCGUGGUGUUUCUUAUAAGAACCUGGACGACAACGUCCGAGCAGCCCAAGAAGCCGCUCAAGACGACGAGCACCCCGGCACGCCCCUCGGCCAAGAAAAAUCCGGCACGCACGACAGCGGCGUCGUCACCAGCCGCGAGUCGGUAAGCAGCGCUAAGAGCCAGAAGAGCGGUAAAGGCAUCCUCGGCAGAUGGUUCGGCAAGAGCAAUAAGGUCUCCACGGCGGGUGGUGUCGACCGGCCGUAGGUGAUGGGUGAUGGCCCAGUGCCUUCUUCGGUCAUUACUGGUCGGAAAGCCGGUUGUCGCUGGACUGAUGCAACUUUUUGGUUUCCUUCCCCACUUUUGGACCCCGUUCUUGGACCACCCGCUGGACUUGGCUAUGGAUGCUGUUUUUGGCUAGUCUCUACCUUUUUUCUCGCAUAAUAAAAAGACACAUUAGCUUCCGCCCCACUUUUGCUGUAUGCAUGCAAGGAAGAACAGGAU